UCAAUGUCGCAGGAACAAAAACAGGUAAAAACAAGAAACAAGUGCUGAGUUCUGUUCCUGAGAUCUUUCUGUUGAUCUGCAUUUUGCUGCGUAAGAUCGAUACGAAAUGCAGCUUCACAUCUCUCCAAGUCUGAGGCAUGUAACAGUGCUGCCAGGGAAAGGAGUGAGGGAAUUUAUUAAAGUGAAGGUUGGCUCAAGAAGGAUAUCUUACCGCAUGGUUUUUUACUCCCUGCUGUUCCUUACCUUUGUUCUUCGCUUCAUCUUUGUUUUAACCGCGGUCAAUACCAUUGAUGGACAGACUAAAUGCUCUACCCUUGGUUGCUUGGGUAAACGAUUAGGGCCUAGGAUUUUGGGGCAGAGGCUUGAAUCCAAGGUUCCGGAAGUGAUUUAUCAAGUUCUGGAAGAAACGCCUAGCUUGAAUGAAAUCAAAGGAGAUGUCGAGAUACCACAGACUUUAGAAGAGUUUGUAGCUGAAUUGAAGGAAGAAAGUGUAUCAGAUGCAAAGACCUUCGCGGUCAAGCUCAGAGCCAUGGUUAUAUUACUUGAAGAGAGAACAAGAAAGGCGAAAAUCCAGGAAUAUUUGUAUCGCCAUGUAGCGUCCAGCAGCAUACCUAAACAGCUCCACUGCCUUGCUUUAAGGCUAGCAAAUGAACAUGCCAUGAAUGCCAAUGCACGCCUUCAGCUCCCCUCGCCAGAACUUGUUCCUGCCUUGGUUGACAAUUCGUAUUACCACUUUGUCCUCGCCUCUGAUAACAUCCUUGCAGCUUCUGUUGUCGCGAACUCACUUGUUCUCAACUCAUUGUACCCUGAAAAAGUUGUUCUCCACAUCAUUACAGAUAGGAAAACUUACUCUCCGAUGCAGGCAUGGUUCUCUUUACACCCCUUGACACCAGCCAUCAUUGAGGUCAAGGGAUUACACCAUUUUGAUUGGCUGACAAAGGGAAAAGUUCCUGUUUUGGAAGCUAUGGAGAAGGACCAAAGAGUGAGAUCACAGUUUAGAGGAGGGUCAUCAGCCAUUGUAGCCAAUAAAACCGAAAAGCCUUAUGUUAUUGCAUCAAAAUUACAAGCCCUUAGUCCCAAGUACAAUUCACUAAUGAACCACAUAAGAAUAUAUCUUCCAGAGUUAUUUCCCAGUCUUGACAAAGUCGUCUUCCUGGACGAUGACAUUGUGGUUCAAACUGAUCUUACCGCUCUAUGGGACAUCGAUAUGAAUGGCAAAGUCAAUGGUGCAGUAGAAACAUGCAGGGGAGGAGAUAAGUUUGUUAUGACGAAGCGCUUGAAGAGCUAUUUAAAUUUUUCUCAUCCCCUGAUAUCACAAAACUUCGAUCCUGACGAAUGUGCAUGGGCCUAUGGCAUGAACAUCUUUGAUCUAGAGGCUUGGAGGAAGACAGACAUAAGCAAAACAUACGACUACUGGCUUCAAGAGAACCUGAAAUCAGACCUAAGUUUGUGGCAACUGGGAACAUUACCGCCAGGUUUAAUAGCUUUCCAUGGCCAUGUCAAAAUCAUCGACCCCUUCUGGCACAUGCUGGGACUUGGCUAUCAGGAAAACACCAGCAUUGCUGAUGCUAAAAGUGCUGGUGUCAUCCAUUUCAACGGUCGUGCUAAACCAUGGCUAGAUAUAGCAUUCCCACAACUGCAGAAACUUUGGACAAAGUAUGUGGACGCAUCUGAUAAGUUUAUCAAAAGUUGUCAUAUCAGGACUUAAUAUAAAUGAUUCAGAAAUGGCUAUGGUGGAUAGCCUAAAGUACAUUGACAGAAGAACAGGAAGAGAGUUCUUCAAGGUAUCGAGCCCUAGAUGUUUCACCAAGGCAGAGGCAGCGCCAGGCCUUAAACGUAUUGGACUCUACUUGCUUAGAGUUGUUAAGCAAAAUUUCUUCGUUGUUCAUUUAUUUUAUUGACGUUCAAGAGAAUUUCUCUAAUCCUUCAAAUAAAUUUUGUCUCUGU